GUUGGGCAGGCGCGCUAGAAACCGUUGCAUAACUUCAUCGGUACCCGAAGCGCGUUGGCGAUGAUUCGGGACGCAGAAACAUAAACAGUGUACGGUUCGAGCGAAUCGGUCCAGAUGUGACCAAGUGCUUGGUAGAAGCUGGUGCUGGUGUUUGGUGAAGCGCGCGAAGCUGAUAAAGCAAAGAUUUGAUUACCAAGGUUUGCCCAAUUCUUGUUGAGUAACUCCGCUCGAAAUCUUCUUCACCGUCACUUACGUCAGCUUCAAACCAUGGCGUGCCCUUUUGCGAAGCACACCUCGAGUGAACAGUUCCAGCGCCAACCAUCAAUUGCUGAGGCGCACAACUGGAAUCUGGAUGAGGACCUCAGCGAAAUACCGGGCGAUGCGCUUACGCUCACGCAUCUUAACGCUGCGAUACAGCUGCUGACUGCACCAUCGAUCGACAAUGUCCACGAGGCACUGAUGUCACUGAUCAGCAAAUACAGCAACAGGUGGCCGGGACUGUCAAAACUGAAAAGUGAACGUUCCGAGUUGUCGAUCUAUCCGCAUUACGACUACCUUGCCGACAUUCAGGACAAUUUGACGCAGAUUGAUGAGUCCGCUGUGUCGGAGAUACUGGUACAUCUCGGUGAGGAACUCAUCCAGACGGCAUGUGUCGGUGUAAUCGAGCGUGCGUUCAAGUGUCUCGGUUCGGAUCUGCAAGAGUUCUUAGGAUCUCUGGACGGUGUGUACGAUGUGUUGAAGCUGCAGGAGGAAGACAUCUCCGACACCGGGUUUGUGUGUGCCGGUGAGGGAGAACUUAUCUUUACCUCCGAGCGACCGGUAUUGGCCUGGCUGUUGCUCGGCUGUCUGCGCGCUCUGAGCCGGCUGCUGUUUAACUGCGAGCCGGAGAUUGAGCUGGAACCGUUGCCGGGUGAUACGCCCCGGUACCGCUACCUGCUGCGGGUGGACGAACCGGUGCAGGAAAUAUUGGACCGGCGCGGUCCGGCCGACAUUGUUUCGGGCGAUGCGCGCGACCUGAAGGUGAGCAAUCACUUUUUCUGCGAUGCCUUCCCGUGGCACUUCAUCAUGGACGAGCAGCUGCGCCUGGUGCAGAUGGGAUCGGCCUUUAGCCGGCUGUUUAAGGGGCAUGUCGGGGCCGGUACGGCUGGGCUGUGCGCCAGCACCGUAUUUCGCUUCAAGCGACCGCGCGGUCUGCAGCUACACUUUCGUGAAAUAGUGCGCCGCACCAACACACCGUUCAUGAUUUCGCUCCGUGCACCACCGGGACGGCCCGACUUCUUUGCCAAGGGUCUUGAGAUUAAGGGGCAGAUGGUGUUCUGUCCGGAGUCGAACGCGCUGCUGUUUGUUGGUUCACCGUUUCUCGAUGGGCUGGAGGGAUUGACCUGUAAUGGGCUGUUCAUAUCGGACAUUCCGCUGCACGAUGCGACGCGUGAGGUAAUACUGGUCGGUGAGCAGGCCCGUGCCCAGGAUGGGUUGCGGCGCCGCAUGGACAAGCUGAAGAGCUCGAUCGAGGAAGCGAAUGCGGCCGUCAUCAAGGAGCGUAAGAAAAACGUGAGUCUGCUGCAGCUGAUCUUCCCAGCGGAAAUAGCCGAACGGUUGUGGCUCGGUGCCCAGAUCGAUGCCAAGACGUACCCGGAGGUAACGAUGCUGUUCAGCGACAUCGUCGGCUUUACGAGCAUCUGCUCACGGGCGACACCGUUCAUGGUGAUCAACAUGCUGGAGAAUCUGUACAAACACUUUGACGAGCUGUGCGGAUUCUUCGACGUGUACAAGGUGGAAACGAUCGGCGAUGCGUACUGUGUGGCAAGCGGGCUGCAUCGGGCCAGCAUCUACGACGCACACAAGGUCGCCUGGAUGGCACUGCGGAUGAUUGAAACCUGCACGCUCUACAACACGCACGAUGGUCAACACAUCAAGAUGCGCAUCGGUAUCCAUACCGGUACGGUACUGGCCGGUGUGGUUGGACGCAAGAUGCCACGGUACUGUCUGUUCGGUCACAAUGUAACGAUCGCGAACAAGUUCGAGUCCGGUAGCGAGGCUUGCAAGAUUAACAUUAGCCCAACAACGCGCGAAUGGUUGGUAAAGCAUCCGGACUUUGAUUUUCAGCUAAAUGCACGUGAUGCGUCCUACAUGCCGAAGGAGUUUACCGACUCGAAGGGUUUGACGUGCUACUUCCUGGAGGGUUACAAGCAUCCGACGCUCAGUAAUGAUCGUCCGCUGCAGGAACACAUCGAGGAGGCGAUGCGACAGACGCUACAGGAUACGGCCGAAACCAUCACGCUCGAGGUUGCCGCCCAGUAGAGGAAACGCUGGCAGAGAGCAUGAUGGGAACACGAUUCGAUGAUAGAUUAAUGCCUCCGUAUUACGCAGAAUGUAUUAAUGUUAGUAGAUGUUAAACCAGGUACCGGUAGCGGUACCAUCCCAGCCGGUCCAGUAAUGCAUACACUGUUUGUAACCAUUUCCACUAACCCAACUUCUCCUAGGCAUCAAACAGCCGCUAAAGAAAUCAAAUAAAGCGUUACCAUCCUCAACCCAUACGGCUAGCGAACGCCAUCCCAAAAACACACACAUUCUAUCACCCUCGUUGAAGGUGUUAUUACAUUAAGAGACAAACUCUUUAGAGCGCCUUACUCAGAGAUAUGCCAAAUAAAAGAUAUUCGGUGGGUUUCAAGCUAGGGGGCAGUAUUCGAUGUGAAAUGUAUACACAUUUGUUUGUUUUUUUUCGUACAUUGUUCAAUGCCAGUCUGAUGCGGUUGCAUACGAUGAAUAGAUGUUUUUUUUAAGUCUCUGUUGUGAGCUCACCUCACAAGUAGUUUAUACCGCUUACUAUUGUCAGUAAUAAAUUAUAGUGGGUAA